AUGACCACAACAGCACAGCCAGAGACGAGCGCAGCCGAUACAGACGACCCUAGCGGAUCCACAAAGAAUUUGUCACCUCUACGAAACAACCCUGAGGAAAACAGCGAGGAUGCAGCUGCUUCACUCAAGUACAGCCUCCUGGGGCCUUCGCUGCUGAAGGCUGGGCAAGAUAGCGUUGACCAGUCCAAGGUGUCCGAGAUCAUCUACUCAGUCUCCAGAGGUUCCAAGUUCUUCAACCGCGAGGAGGCCAGGGACAAGAGUCUUACAGCCAAGAUCGACCAGAUUCUUAGCAAGAAACGCCAGCUGGAGAAACUUGACCUUGGCCAUGAGCUUCGAGUUGCCGAUAACCUUGAAAAACAAUUGGAGCUCUCGCGGGAUCUAUCCCAGCACAUAGUUCAUAUCGAUUGUGAUUCUUUCUACGCAUCCGUCGAACUCUUGGAUUACCCUGAAUUGAAGGACCUGCCUUUCGCCGUCGGCGGAGGGGUCCUAACCACUUGCAACUAUAUCGCUCGCAAGUACGGCUGUCGCAGUGGCAUGGCAGGUUUCGUCGCCAAGAAGCUCUGUCCCGACCUGAUUUUGCUCCCGAUUAAUUUCGACAAGUACACAGCAAAGGCCGGGGAAGUGCGCGAAAUCAUAGCCGAGUACGAUCCCAAUUUUGAGAGCGCAAGCAUAGACGAGGCCUAUCUCAACAUCACCGAUUAUUGUACGCGACAUACCAUGACCGCCGCCGAUGCCGUGUCCAAAAUGCGGAGCGAAAUCCAUGAAAAGACGGGCAUCCCUGUUUCUGCGGGCAUCGCUGCAAAUACAAGGCUCGCCAAGAUCUGCUCCAAUAUGAACAAACCAAACGGGCAAUACGUCUUGCCCAGCGAACGUGCCGCUAUCAUGGAGUUUAUGCGGGACCUUCCAUCUCGCAAGGUGAACGGCAUCGGGCGCGUCUUCGAGCGCGAGCUUGCCGCAGUGGGAAUUCAUACACUGGGGGAUAUUCACCCCAACAGGCAGUACCUUCGUCAGCUUUUUGGAGAGAAAGCCUUUGAAUUCCUUAUUCACUGUUAUCUGGGCUUAGGUCGCACGUGCGUGAAGCCAGCAGAGACAUAUGAGCGCAAGAGCGUCGGCACCGAGGGCACUUUUCGUGACAUGAGUGACCCGACAGAGCUCCGAAGCAAGCUGUGUCGGACGGCAGAGGAUCUCGAACAAGAUUUGCGCCGGGCCGAAUGCAAGGGCCGAACUCUGUGCCUCAAAGUGAAGCUUCACACGUUCGAGGUCCUCACCCGCCAGGUUGUUCUUCCCCGGGCUGUAUACCUUGCUGCGGACCUGUACAAUUACGCGCUUCCGAUGCUUACAAAACUAGAGCAGGAAAUCCCAGGCAUGAAGUUGCGGCUGAUGGGUCUGAGAUGUAGGCAUCUUGUCACUACGAAGAAACCAGACACAAUGGCCUUUUUCGGCCUAAAGUCGUGGGCUGAUAGAUCGGAAGGCUCCGAGACCACUUCAGCGAAGAAAACGCCAGACGUAGAUGGCGGUGAAUGGGGGAAAUGGCCCACGGGAAUAUCAGCCGUAUCUGAAGAGCAAAGGGUCCAGAAAAAAGCAGAAACAAAACUACUGGGACCGGACUCACCCAGUCAGGUUGCUCCCCACAGGGAUGGGACUGAGCGAGAGCCCCCUGUUGCAGAGCAAGAGUGGUGGGAUUGCCCAAUUUGCAACAGGCCGCAGGCAGCAGAAGAAAGGCGUUUCAACGACCAUAUUGACCUAUGUCUCUCGCGACAAGCAAUCCGGGAGACCAUACAGGAGGGAGCUGCCAUGCCGUCCCCAGAGUCCAAAUCCUCGAAGAUGGAACACAAGAAGUCCAAGGAGAAAAAGAGAGGGCGACAAGCUACUACACCCGACCCGAAACAGAAGAGGCUUUGUUUUGGAUGA